AUGGAGACCGGCGUGGACGCGGCCGGCGUCCUCGUGUUCCUCUCGCAGCAGCGCCAGCGGCACGGCAGCGGCGGCGGCGCGAGGACGGCGGGGCUCGCCACCCGCGGGCGCGUGUUCGAGUGCAAGACGUGCGGCCGGCGGUUCCCGACGUUCCAGGCGCUGGGCGGCCACCGCGCCAGCCACAGCCGCCCCAGGCCCUACCACGGCGCGGCGGGGCCGCGCCGGGCGACGCCGCUGGAGGCGCACGGCGAGUGCGCGGCGGCGGCGGCGGCGGCCGGGCCGAGGGUGCACGGCUGCCCCGUCUGCGGGCUCGAGUUCGCGGUCGGGCAGGCACUGGACGGCCACAUGCGGCGGCACCGGACCACGGCGGCCGCCGGGACCUUCCGAUCCGGGGACGCGACGUCGGUGGAGGGUGAAGACGUUGGCGCCGGUGGCAUCUGCUUGGACUUGAACCUGGCGCCGUCCGAGAACUGCGCCAAGUGUCAGAGGAACGCUGUGCUCGGCGACACGGUGCAAGGCGUGCAGAACACUUUGAUAUUGGACUGCCCUCUUUGAGAAGCUGCCUACUACCGGCCCAUCUUCAUCAACAGAGUUAUACUGGACACGAACAUCCCUUGGUAUAAAGAGCACUCCCUCCUAUUUUCGAAUGAAACCUGAGGUUCAACCGUUUUAUUCUUUGAGAAACGCUUAAUCUAACAAUUCAUUAAUUAUAUUAUGCUACGUAAAUUUGGUAUCCUUAGAUUAAUAUUUAAAGUCACUCCCAGCUGUUAUAAAUUUUAUAGCCACGAACAAUUUGACAUUUACGGUCAAAGUAUGUCAUUGGUGAUCAUAUUAUGUCAAA